AUGUUGUCUCGGCUUUCUUCACGAUCUUUUGGCACCUCCUCGACAUGUGCGAGGUGCAGAAUGAUUCAUUUUUUGUUGGGAGUCGAAGAGUUGGCUCGGUAAUUAUUGAGAGAACGAGGAGUUGUUCGGGAAAAUUGAAGUUCCACUCGAAACUGUAUGAAAAUUAAAGAUUUAAAAAAAACAGAAUAAAUCAGAAAUCCAAUAAAAAAGAAAAGUUUAUUUUGAAAAAGACCAAAUUGUGCUGUAAAUUGAAUAAAUUCCUCUUAAAUUAGGGAAAGAACAAGGGAAAUAUUUAUUCAGCCUGAAUUAAAAUAAAAUUUUGUUGGAAAAUUAUGAUUUAUGCAUUACUUUCCGUAGAAAAAUUGGGAAAAAAAAUGGUUCAAAAAGAUGAAAUUUUUUUCAAAAAAAUAGAAGAACCUUGAUAAUUUAUUAAAGUUAACUAUUUAAAAAAAAGCUCUUCAAUUUUUAAAGUUUACUCAAAAUUUAACUAAAAGUCCUGUAAUGAACUCAAUUUCAAAAAUUUCAUUUUUUUCAUUUAUUUCUCAACAGUUCUAGGAUACACAGGCAAAGUCCAAAAGGCCUCAAAAGGGCCUUAAAAAGAAGGUACUAAAGCUCUUUUUUAUUUCUAAAAAUAUGUCAAAAUUUCCUAGGAAUCUCCUUUUUUCUACAUCCUUUUUUACAGCUUCUUGAAAAGUCCUUUUCAAGAAAAAGUCUGAAAAAAGCGCCUUUGAGGUCUUUUAGAGGCCAUUUCCGUAAGUGAGACUUUUUUAACUUUGCCCGUGGAAGGCCUCCGAAGGAACUUUUGUAAAAAACGCCUCAAAGGCAAUUUUUUUUGGCCUUUUUCUGAAAACGACCGUUUAAGGAGGCGGAUGAAAGGUAAAAAAGAUAUUCCGAGAAACUUUUGACACCUUUAUAGGAACUCAAAAAGGAGCUCCAGACUUUUCUUUUAGGCCUUUUUGAGGUCAUUUUGACUCUGCCUGUGUUUCAGAAAAUUCUGAAUUUAAUUAUUCAUUUAGGAUGACUUCCUUCGGGGACAAGCACGAGAUCGCAUUUCCGAUCGCCGGGAAAAAGCCGAAAGUUUUGCCGAUCAGCGAGGCUUUCAACCAGAUCAAGAGCGGUAAAAAUGAUAAAAAUGAAAAUUUUUUCAAUAAUUUUCUAGGAGACAAUUUGUUCGUCCAAGGAAUCGCCGCCACGCCGACGCCGCUCCUGAAAGGCCUUUCUGAUUACGCCGUCGCCAACAACUUGAAAGGAAUCAAACUUCACCAUCUUCACCUCGAGGGUGACACUCCCUGGACUGCUGCGGAUGUCAAAGGUGAGGAGAGAAGUUGAUAGAUUUUUCACAGUUUCAGACUAAAAAAUUUUCUGAAGUUUAAUUUUGAGUUGAAAAGGGGCAAGUGAAAAUUAUAGAAAAAAAUUAUAUAGAAUAGCAUAUAGCACCCUCUGGUACCCUCAAAAACCAUAGGGUUUUCGAAAUAUCCAUUUUUCCUCAAUUUCGAUCAGUUUAGCCAUUCUAAAUUUCAAAAAAAAAAAAUCAUAUCUUGGCUCAAAAUGCUCAGAGUCGGGUAAAAUAAUUUUUUUAAACAUUACCACAGGGUUCACUUGCAUAUAGCACCCUCUGGUGCCCUCAAGAACUAAUACGGUUUUUGAAAUAUCUAUUUUUCCUCAAUUUCGGUCAGUUUAGUCAUUCUAAACUUCAAAAAUCAUAUCUCGGCUCAAAAUGCUCAGAGUCGAGUAAAAUUAAGUUUUUUACCAUUUCCACAGGGUCCACUUGCACAUAGAACCAUCUGGUACCCUCAAGAACCCAUAGGAUUUUAGAAAAAUUGGUUUUUUCUAGGUAAAUGGAAGUUUUUUAGACCAGGGUGAAAAUUAGUGAAACGGAAGGCGAAAUGAAGAAAGAAAUAAGGAAAAGAGAAAAAAUAAAAUUUAGUAAUUCUGAAAGCAUAAUUACACUAAAAGGAGGUUUAAAAUCAAGCAUGAGUUAAAUAAAAUUUUAAGUAACGACUUGAUUUUUUUGACGAUUUUCUUAUACCGAAGGCGGGCAGCGGAAAACGAGAAAAAAUUAUUUUAACAGGAAAUGAAAAGAAUAAUCCGUGAAAAUUUGUUUUAGACACAGAAAAAUGUUACAUAAAACGGAAGAUCUGAUUUUUUUUCAAUAUUGUAAGUUGGUUUCAAACAGAAAAAUAUGAUAGUUUUUUAGACCGUAUCCGCUCAAACUCGCUGUUCACUGGACACAACUUGCGAGGAUCUGUCAAUGAUGGUGAGUUGGUAAAAAAAAAUUUAAUUCGAAAGGGGACUUUCCAAACGGAUAAUGAUCAAUGAAAUUAGCUUUUCUAUUUUUUUUUUCAUUUUUGUAAGCUGUUCUGUGUAAUUUUUAAGGGUAAGCCCACUGAAAAAAAUUUAUCGAUAAUUUUCGAUUUUUACUUUUUUUUUCAGGUACCGCCGACUUCAACUCGUGUUUCUUGCAAGAAGUUCCGCUGCUCUUCCGCCGUGGUGCCAUCAAGCUCAAUGCCGCUUUGAUUCAUGUGAAUAUUGAAUGUUUUACAUGAAUUUCGGGCUUAUCAGAGAAAAAUGAUGAUGUCAGGCUUAUCGAACAAAAAAGUUCAAGGACUGCUUUUAAGAAAUCAAUUUAAAAAAAAAAAAUCAAAACUGUACCUAAAGAACUUUCAGAAAUUAGAAGUAUGGCCUGAGAGGUGUACUUUCCAUAUGGAAUCUGGUUUUUGUAAAGAAGAUCAAAGUUAUAUUAAAUGGAAAUAUUCCAAAGUUUUGGAGAUGAGUCCCUAAAGCUAUAAUUUUCAUUCAGAAAAAAGAAAGGUUUAAAAAAAUUGAGAAGAUUUGAAAAUUUUCGGAAGAGAAACCUUCUCUCUUGAUCUCUAUUUCGUAGGGAGGAUAGAAAUGAUUCUAUAAAGAAUAUUCUAAAAUGAGUCUAAAAGGUUGAAGUAAGCGUCAGCAGGGUUCAGCAAACAAAGCAUUGUGGGAACUGCACAGAAUCGAUUUUUUUAUCGACAGAAAUUUUAGAAAUUAGAAGUGUAGGCCUGUAAAAUUGAAAAAUUAAAAAAAAAAAUUUCACAUGUAAAAAGCUUAUUUUGAGUCCACUUUCGGAUCUUCGAGGCUCUAAUUUUCGAUUAGAGAGCGUUGUAAAAGUGGAGAAAAGAGGUUCUGUUUUCUCUAAACCCUCUCUUGUUUACCAGUGCCCUCUAGCUAUCGAAGAUUCGAACGUAGACUCCAUAUUUUUGCCUAAAAUUCAAAAUAUUCUCGUAAAACACUUCGAAAUAUUUUAUGAACUAUGAAGCUGUAGGUCCUUUUCGAGGAUUCUAACAUAAUUUUAUCAAAAAUUAAAAUUUUCGUCUUCAGAAACUUUUUACGAACUAUGCAGUUGUAGGCCCUUUCGAGGAUUCUGAUAUAUUUUUCUCAAAAUCAAAAAUUUCGUCUCCAGAAACUUUUUACGAACUAUGCAGUUGUAGGUCUCACCUCCUGACGCCAAUGGUUAUUGCUCCUUGGGAACCUCGGUUGACACCACCCGAGCCGCUGUCACAAAUGCUGAUUAUAUCAUUGGUAGGUUUGAACCAAGAUAGAACUUAGAAUUGCUAAGAUGAGUAGCGGUUUCUUAAAUUCCCAGCGGACUGAAAGCGGCUUACGCGCAUAGGCAUUGAAGCAGUCUUCUAGGCGGUUAUCCUUGUUCCAAGCGGAAACGCGACGCUUUGAGCCAUUCUAAGUGCGACCACAGUGCUCAAAAAGUAAUUAUGAUAAAUUUCUACCCGCUUAAACCAUCGGGAUGCGACCUCGACACCGUUUCAAACUUUGUAUUAAUUAUAAAAAUUUGAAAUUUCAGCCAUGACCAACCGGAACAUGCCUCGAACCUUCGGCGACAGUGUCAUCCAUUCCUCGCACAUUGACGUCGUCGUCGACGAAGCCGACGGAUUCGUCCUCCAUCAACGUCACAUCGGAAAGGCCAACGAUCAGGAGGCCAAAAUCGGCCAGAUCAUUGCUGAAAACCUCGUCGACAAUGGAGCCACUCUCCAAAUGGGUACUUGAAGGGAAAAGCUCAAGAAAUUCCCCUGUACUUCUAGGAAUCGGCGCCGUUCCCGAUGCAGCCCUCUCCGCCCUGAAGAACCACAAAGACUUGGGAAUCCACACGGAAAUGUUCUCCGACGGUGUUCUUGACCUGAUCGAGAGGAAUGCUAUCACCAACGCCAAGAAGGUUGGUUUUUUUUGAAAAGAAUGAGGCGGCAAGUGCGCUCAGAUCACGUAAAAGUUAAAAAAACGAGGUAGGAAAGUAAAUUUUAACCGCAGGAGGUAAUAAUGACAAAAGUAAAGGUUUUUAAUUUCAGAAGGUAAUAUUGAUUUUAAUUUUAAGUCGGAGGCUUUAAAAAUGGUCUGCCCAAGUAUGGUGGAGUUAGAAAAGGAUGUGCAAAAAAAAAAAAGAGAACGAAAUUUUCGGAUUUUCUACGGAGUAGAGAAGUCCAAAGUUAUUUCCGCGAUAUCUCUGAAUUUCCAAAAUUUAGUUGUCUUUUUCAUUCUCUGACGGUUAUUUUGAACUUCGAGGAGUCAUUUUGAACAUGGCAUCAAUUUUAGACCGAUAAAAAGGCUUUUCGCACAAUUUUUCACUACAAAAGACGAUUUUUUGAGCUUUAUAUUGGGAAGUCGAUGAUCAAUAACUACGGGGAACCUUUUUUUAAAAUUUUUUUAAAGGCUUUUUCGUGCAAAUUUUUCAUCGAAUAAUAUUUUUAAAAAGACGAUUUUUUUCCGCCCUUAUAUUGAGCAAAUGAAGCUCAAAAAAACUUUAGGGAGAAGUUUUUUUUUUUUUUAACGUCUCCGAAGGAAAAAAAUCUCAUACUGAUUGGUUCCUAGGCAUAUUUUUUUAAGUUAGAAAAUCAUAGAAAAGUGACAAAAUUGAAAGACAAGCUUGUCAAAAAAAUUCGAUUUCUCUGAUUUUUUUCUAUAUUUUUUUCCCCAAAUUUUCCAUUUUAUUAAGACUGUCCACCCCGGCAAGUUGACCGUGUCGUUCGUCUACGGCUCGACGAAACUCUACGAUUACCUGAACGACAAUCCGCUCAUCGAAUUCGGAGACGUUCAGUGGGUCAACGAUCCGGCCGUCAUCAGGAAGAACCCCAAGGUCCGCCGACGUCUUCCGGAUUCAUUCUGAAGAGAAUUUUCCAGGUGACAGCCAUCAACUCGGCUGUCGAGAUUGACCUGACUGGACAGGUCGUCUCGGAUUCCGUCGGAAAACGGUUUUUGUCCGGAUUCGGUGGUCAAGUUGACUUCAUCCGAGGCGCCGGAAUCGCUGACGAUGGCCUCGGAAAGCCGAUUAUCGCCCUCCCGUCCAUUUCUAAGAAGGGCCACAGCAAGAUUGUGCCAUUCAUCAAUGAGGUAACGUGGGGAAAGUGCACAAAAACUGAAUAAAAAAAAAAGAGUUUGAGCUUCAGAAUGAAUCAAAAUGCUUCCUAUAACUAAUUUUGGAGAGAAAUUGAGAAUUUGGUAUUUUUAGGCUUUUGAGAAUUGAAUAAAUUGAAAUUCCAGUCUCUUAUAGCAAGAUUGUGUCAUUUAACAAAGAGUUAAUGGGGUAAAAACGCUUAAAAACGAAAUUUAGAGCUUUAGAAUGACUAAAGUUGCUUAAAAGAUAACUAUUUUGGAGAGAAACUGAAAUUUUAGUCAUUUUGACUUUUAAAAGUUAAAUAACUUGAAUUUUUCGGUGUUUUUAAGACAGAAUUUGAAGUUCAAAGUACCUAGUUUUUCUUCAAAAAUUUAUUAAUUUUUCAAGGGAUUUUAGAGAAAUAAAUUAGCAGAACGUGAUUUUUUUGAAUAUGGAAGAAACUUGAAUAGUUCAAAAUGAUCAAUUUUUGGCUCAAAUACGAUUUUUCCAUUUAUCAAUGAGAUAAAUCCGGCUGAAUUCAAAGUUAAAGUUUAAAACUUUGAUUUUAUCGCUUCAAAAUUUUUUUCGCUGCAUCCUAGAUACACACUAACCUAACGUCUACCGUUGAAAAAAACAAUAAUUUUUUUGAAGAGUGAAAUCAAAAAAAGAAAAAUUCUUGAGGGUCGUUUUUUUAGCGUGAUGUACGUAGAUAAAUGGCAAAACGAAAUUUAUUAUAGUUUUUUUCAGACUUUUUUUAAUUUUGCCCAGCACAAUUGAAUUUUUUUGUGUCUUUUUCCGUAUUUUUUUAAAACAUUAUUUUUUUCCAGAUUUUUUUGUUUAUAAAUUUGAAAGUAGAACGAAAGGACGAUUUUUUUGAACUUCAGGGAGCCGGUGUGGUCACCACACGAUCACAUGUUCACUACGUUGUGACGGAAAACGGAAUCGCUCAGCUUUGGGGCAAAAAUAUGCGCCAACGAGCCUACGAACUCAUCAAGAUUGCUCAUCCAAGCCAGCGCGAAAAGCUCGAGAAGGCCGCUUUCGAUCGUCUCAAGGUAUCACUUAAGGGGAUAAUUAGAAGAAAAUUUCAAAAUUAUUCAAAAAGGACCUGGUUUUCCGAAGUUUUAAAGUUUUUGAUUUUUGUCAUCAAAUUCAAGCUUUCUCUCCACUAAAAUCGGUAUCAAAUCUUACUUUUAAUAUUUUUCAGGUGAUGCCCUCUUCUGAUUAG